CAAUGGCGAGCUCAGUUGGCGCUGUGUGCUUCAAGAUUCCGAUUGGCCCAGAGAAAUGUCAAUUAUAAGAAUGAUCCAAUAAUUUUUCGCAAUUCUGGACCCCCCCCACCCCCCCCAAAAGAAAACUCUCCAGUUCUACACGAAUCACGUGAAUGACCAAAUUGACCAAGAAAACGGCGAUUGUCGCCGAAAAGCGACAAGUUUGCAGCUUUGUCCAAUGUGUCAAAUGUGAAAUGAGAAGAAUCACGCACCACCACUGGAUCCCUGUAAAGAAGAGGACCGUUGACGCCGAGAGACGGACGCCAUUGUUGAAGGCUGGCAGCGCAAGUUUGAAGGUUAUGCAUAAUGCUCCUCAAAGUGGAAUACCAUGGACUUAGAAAGUACCUAAAACUACAGCCUGAAUUUUCAUAUGGAAGUUUCAUUGAAGAAGUCAAGAACAAAUUUGGGAUCCCUCUAUCAAUUGAGUUGCUGUUCCUUGAUGACUCUGAUACUGUGGUGGAUGAAGAAGUAAUCCAUUACAUCCUUGAAGCCAACCCAAACAUAUGUCUGUUGGCCAAAGAUUUUGAAGAAUUUACACCAACAGGUUCUUCUACACCAAACUCUUCAAGAGAUGCUCAGUCGCUUGAUGUAGAAAUGUCAUCUUUGAGCCAGGCACAUCAGUCCAGUGUUGCAGAGGGCGCCCACACUUUUGCCGCAGAUGAUGCUGCAGAAAUGGCCAAAAAGAUAGUCCAGGAGGCUCUGGAGAAGAAUGCUGGCGGAGAAGAUGUAAUAGAGGAGUAUAGAAGAUCCAAGACCUUGACACACAACACAAGAAGACAUCUUGUGAAUAUCCUUGUCAGCCACAUGGUUGAAAAACAUGGCAGAAUCCCAGUUCGAAUGCAAAGAGAAAAAUACGGACUUGGCAUUGUGACCCUGUUUCCAAAUCUCAGGGAUCCUUUCUCCACCAAAGGCUAUGUAAGAUUUCUCUUUUUCAUCUAGUAUAAUGAUCAGAGGUAUGAUUAACAAUUGAUUUUGAUAGACAUAGAUCUGAUCUAUAUGAUUUCACAGGAACACUUCUAUGAUGGUGCAAGUGGAACUGGCUACCUGGCAUGGCGCCUAAAAACUGUGCAGAGAAAAGUUACAAAAAGGUCGGAGAACAGCCCUCAAGGAGCCUUGCAGGGAGGACCCAGCCUGAAGAGGAGUUUCACAGCAGAGCAACAGGCAGAUGGUGAUGCAGUAAGAGAAGCCAUAUCGUUACUUCUACAUUCCAGUGAUGAUUCAGUGAUCCGCAGCAAGAUGAGGGAGACGUUUCAGCAUCGUCAUCAGCUUGUCCAUAAUCCAGAGAUGACCACUGAAGUCCUAAAAAUGUAUCCAAGAUUUUUGGAUGUGAAGGGAUUGAUAAAUCACGAUUUCACACUCCUGUUUGGAGCGGAAACCUCCUCCAAGUUAUUAGAGAAGUGGGACUCCACCUUCAAAUGCAAAAUCAUUGAAGAAGCAAGAUGAUUGACUCAGACUCACACUGUACGCCACCUUCUGAUGUCUGCAGAGAACCAAGACGCUGAACCAAGCGCUGAAUGGGACACGGAUAUAGCUACUCUACUGCUCUUAAUACACCUCCUCCCACCACAACCUGUCGGCAAGAAGGCUGUGAAGAUCAGUGCAGAUGCUGCAUCUGAAAGUCUCAUUGUUUAUCACAAGUCCUGUUGCAGUUUUGAAGAGGCUCUCAGCAAACGUGAUCACCAUCAUCCACACCUCCUUGCUGUUGGAAGAAACCAAAAUCGGAUCGACCAGUUCUACAUUGUCUUGGACAAAAAGCUGAUUCCUUGUGAGGCAGCAAGUGCAGUGGGUGCAUUUGAUGAUCUUUUUAAAUUGCACUUUGUUUUCAAUUUGGCAUAUGAUCAUGCACUUCACAACUUCUACACAUUUGCCCAGACUACUGUAUACAAAAUUGACAUUGGAAAAACUAAAGAAUCACCAAGGGUUAGAGAAUUCCGUGCAAAGCUAUUGAAUUAAGUUUUUUUUUUUUUUAUUGGAAUUUGCUUAACCUUAACGAUGAUGCAAUGUUUUAAAUGCCAAGAAUUGCAUGUAACCAGUCAGGCGUUGAUAUCCCAUUUGAAAUUUAAACAUGGUUUCUAUCCUACCUCAAAGCAAGGGUUAAUGUGUUCUCAAGAAACAUGUCGUAAGUAGUUUGUCACUUAUUCGGGUUUUAGGAAACAUUUGGAAAAUACACAUGUAGUUAACAACACUAGUGCAGACUGUAGUGUAUCCCACAAUUCACCUCCUAGUGAGAACAUUUCUGAGCAAAUGGAGGUAGACUUGCCCGAAGUAAAUAAUCCAGUUUCAACGAGAGAUGUAUCAGAGAACAGGAGCUCUGUUCCUUCCACUGAACAUCUCAAUAGUAUGUGUGCUUCCAUAAUUGCCAAACUUCAGGGGGGUGGUGCUUCUAAUAAUUUGGUCUCAGCUAUUGUUGGUGACCUUGAGGAAUUUACAACAGAGAUGCAUGAUCAUUUGAAACACAGUGCUUUGUCAGUUCUACCAUCAAACAGUCCGGGGUCAAAGGAGGUUGAACAAAGCUUUGAAUAUUUCCAAAACCCUUUCUCUUUUUUGAAUUCUGAGUCAAAAAGAGUAAAAUAUUUCAGAGAGAAAUGGGGAACUGUUGAGCCUCUUGAACUUACCCUUGGAGUUCGGUUUGAUACCCGUCGAAACAAGACUCUGGGAAUGUAUGACCAAGUUCAAGUUAGAGACACUUUCGUUUACAUACCUAUAUUGGAGACCCUUAAGUUCAGGUUCUGCAACUCUGAUAUUUGUGAACAGGUCAUAGCAGGUACCACAUCAAGCCCACACACUUAUGAAGAUUUCAAAGAUGGUAGUUACUUCAAAAAACACACACUAUUCAGUAAACAUAAAAAUGCUCUGCAAAUACAAGUGUAUUAUGAUGAUUUUGAGACGGCAAACCCUCUUGGGUCAAAACAUUCUAUACACAAAUUAGGCUGCCUUUACUUUAUCUUAAGAAAUCUGCCGCCAAAAUUGAAUUCUGCCAUUCUUAAUAUACACCUAGUUAGUCUCUUUCCCAGUCAAGAUGUGAAGAAGUAUGGCUUUGAUGCAAUUCUUGAGCCUUUGAUUCGUGACAUCAGAACUCUUGAAAUUGAAGGAAUAGACUUGCCCAUCUCCUGUGAAAAGGUCUAUGGAACCAUUUCUCAAAUAAUAGGAGAUAAUUUAGGAAUACACGCAUUCCUUGGUUACAAUGAGUCAUUUAGUAGCACUUACUAUUGCAGGUUGUGUAUGAUAGACAAAAUGACUGCUCAAACGGUUUACAGUGAGGACCACCCCUCAGUUGUUGUUCGUGAUGUUGAUAGUUUUGAGAGGCAUUGCAGGGCUCUGCAUUUGGACCCACAACUGAAGUCUGUGUAUGGGCUGAAGAGGGAUUCAACCCUCAAUACUUUGAAGUAUUUUCACGUUGUCAAUAAUGUUUCGGUUGACAUCAUGCAUGAUCUUUUAGAAGGAGUUGCUCAGUUUGAGCUUAAGUUGCUUUUUCAACAUCUUUCCGAUACUGUUAUUAACAAAGGUCAUCUUUUCAAGAAUUUAUUCAUUUGACUAUGGUUACAUAGAGCGAAGAAAUAGGCCCACAAAUGUGAAUCUGGAUUCAAGUGGCAAUGGCAUUGGACUGAACUCAAUUCAAACCUUUUGCCUUGUGAGGAACACUCCCUUGAUCUUUGGUGAUCUGGUGGAGGCUGAGAGCCAGAACUGGCGAUUGUUGCUACUUUUGUUGCAAAUAAUGAAUAUUGUGUUUUCCCCUCGUGUUACUGAAGCCAUGACUAUAUAUUUGAAACAUUUAAUUCAUGAGCACCAUGAGCUUUUUAAGAUAAUAUACCCACACCGUAACUUGCUGCCUAAACAUCACUUCAUGACACAUUAUCCAUCUUGUUUGCGCAAAAUUGGCCCUUUGUUACAUAUGUCCAGCAUUAGAUUUGAGGCAAAGCACAAGUUAUUUAAGAACACUUUGAAAUUUUUUAAAAAUAUAACAAAAUCCCUGGCUAAGAAACACCAAUUGGCAAUAGGCUAUCACUGGGAGAACCUUGCAUUAAAUAGGAGAGAAUUAGGUCCUUUAAAAGUAUUUAACACUGAUUGUGAUUUCACACAAUAUUUGGCCACAAUAAAUAAGACAAGCAGCACAGUAUAUAGCACUACAUGGGUCGAACUGGAUGGGUUAGAGUACAAGGAGGGAAAUGUUAUUUGCACUGAUAUACACGAUGAGCAACCAGUUUUUUGUAAAUUUUUUAAAAUUUGUCUGAUUGAAGAUGAUGUGUGUGUUCUUGUUAAUGAAUUUAUAACUAUGUGUUUUUAUGAGCAUUUACAUGCAUAUGAAGUUAAUUUGGGUGAAGAAAGUUACUUUAUCAUUACAUUGAAUGACCUACAUAUGCACAAGGCUUUCGAUGUUCAAACAGCCUAUGGUCUGAAUGGUAAAUAUAUUGUCCCUGUGCAUUCAAUUUUAUAAAAAUGCGGUCAAUAUAAGAAAUGAAAUGAAUGGUUUAGUUUGUGUAUUUAUUCAUUUAAUUGUAGCAGAAUAGUAGCAUGAGUAUCUAAUUGAUUUCCCACUGCAAUUUUGGUGGUGCUAACCCUGCUCAAUUUUGUACUUAUUAGGAGUUGAUUUGUUUCUGAUGAGAGUAAUAAUAAAACUCUGACAGAGUUAAUUAUAUAACACUGGUUUGUACUCUGUGAGGGGUUGAAUUGUUUCUAUUAAGAGUAAUGAUGAAACUCUGACAGAGUUAAUUAUAUAACACUGACCUGGUGUUAUAAAGUUUACACUAUGGCGAGUGUUGAUUUUACACUAGGGAGUGAGGAUUAUAUAAACUCUGCCAUAGUGUUGAAAUCAACACUCGUAGAGUAAAUUUAACUCUGGCCGAUAUACUGUGCAGGCGCGCCCAGAAGGACCACCCAGAGCUGCAGGAUUUUUUUCAUUAUGUUGGCAACAGGUACGUCCACAAUGGUGCAGCAUUCCCACCGGCAAUGUGGAAUGUAUACGGGCGCAACAUGGAACAAACCAACAACCAUGUUGAAUGUAAGUGAUUAAAACAGAUUUUCUGAUUAAUUGAAUGAUCGCCAAGGACACAUUCUUUUUUAUGUGUAGGCCUAAGCCACUAUCAACAUUUUUAUUUAAAACCAAUAGCCUUUAUGAUGAUAUCAUUAUGUUUGUGAUUUUUGUUGCUGUUAUUAUUAAUAUUAUUAUUUCAAAGCAUUACACAGCCUACAUAAAGCGUGUAGGCCUACGUGUUUCCCAUACAAGACCAAUGUGUGGCGCAGCGCCACAGAAUCAACACCGAGCACCACAAAUUGAUUCAUUCAUGAUUGCAUUAUUUAUUUUUUAAGUGAUUUUUAUAUAUAAAUAUCGUUCCGUUCAUUCAUCUCCACAUAGCACUCUUCUCCCUGUCAUUGUCGUACACACACGCACACAGAGACAAGCAU